CCUUCCCUCCCGCUCCCAUUCACGUCGUCUCUUUCCUCGAGCCUCCGCUUCGCCAGCGACGCGCCCUUCUCACCCACCUCGCCGAGGAAGUAUUCACCGAUGGAGACGCCGCUGUCUUCCAGGAGGAUCACCCGCUCGCUCGCCGCCGCAUCUGCCCAGAAGAGCGCCGCCGCCGGGCCGGACUCCGCCGCCCUCUUCUCCCGCGCCAAGAACGCCGCCGCUGGGGAGACCCAGCCUCGCGCCGCCCUGCACGACAUCACCAACGACUCCCCCAUCGUCGGGCUCGCGGCGGGCGCCCUCCACGCCACCGAUACCACCCCCGCCUCCACCGCCGCCAAGACCCGCCGCAGGGCCCCGCGUCGCACGCCCGGCUCCGGGGAGGCGCUCCUGCGCGGCCAGGUCAAGGCGCUCCUCCACAAGGUCGAAGAGGAGCAGGGCUGCGCCGCCGCGGCCAUCGUCAGGCCCGCGCGCAUCCAGGCGCUGCUCGGUGUAUCCAGGUCGCCGGCCCAGCUUCUUGCGCCGACGCCAGCCAACACGCCGCAGAUCGAGCCCGUCCCCACUCCCAGGGAAGGUCUCCUCCUGCUUGAUGGCGCUACGGUCGUGCCCUGCGUCCUAGACGAAGAGGAACUGCUGAUUCCUAAGCUUCAGGUCAUUGCAGCUUCCCUACCUCCACCUCAUCAGGCAGAGGAGAAGCUCGGGGACUGCCAGCUGAACCGUGCGCUGGUGUUCGAUGACUCCCCUGAGAAAUGUGAAGAGUCCAGUGGAUCAGCCGUCUCGUCAACCUUCUCCCUCCAGGAGAGCAGCACCGGCAGCUACGUGGACAAGUCAUCAUCACCUGAGGACGACAGCUCCUCUGCCUGGUCCAUUCAGGUCCAUGCCAGCUCUGAGAAGGGCGACGAAGAAGAGCUGGGCGUGGAGGAGCUGGCAGCAGAGUACACUGACGAAGAGGAGGAGGAGGAGGAGGAGGACUGGGACGAAGACAGCGAUGACGACUGCUACGAUGAUCUGUGCGAGGAGAUGAGCAGGAUGACCGUGUUGGAGGAGGAGGAGAAGAAGAAGACCGUGCUGCCGCAGUUCGAGGGGAAGCACACCAGGUUCAUCUACAACAGUGACGACGAGAUCGAGCGGGUGGAGGAGGCGGAUGCAGCUGAGGCGACGGCGGAGCUUCGCGCAUUGAUGCUCAGGGGCCUGCUGGUGCCGGAGGGGAGGCACCUGCGCUUCCACGACGAGGAUGCCGACGAAUAAGAAUCUCAGUUGUGUUGUCAAGUGGUUGGUUGUCUUUCGCUGACACCAGCCAAAAUUCUUUUGCGGGGCUCUGAGUCCAGUUCUGUACGUUGAUUCAUGUCUCCGUUCUUAAGAGAAAUAAUCCAACUUUUCUGAAAAUCAAAAAUUUUGUGGCAUUCGAUUA